GAAAAAAUAAAAUGUGGCUGUUUUCUUUGAGCGGCAACGAAACCCCAAAAACCCUGCGUCCUAAAAAAGAGAAACCCUAAAAUCCCAAAUCUCACCCCAAAAAACCAGAGCUUGCUGUGCAUCCAUAACGCAUACCCUAAUCAAACCUAUAUAUGGUACAAUCGCAAUUUUGGUACCAAAGAGAGUCUGUGCCCGUUUUAUUGAUGAUAGAGAGGUAACGCCUUGCUCUUGGGGUUUGAAUGGAAAUGGAAAAGAUUCAGGUUUGAUUAACAGUUAAGGAGAUUUCAGAAAAUUUAAACCAGCUAUCUGAGAUUGAGGUACGAUCGCCCUGGCAUGGACGGGUUUGUAGCUGUUUAAGGAGAUGAGAGAUGCCAUUUUCUCACCUGCGUUUUUUUUUUCCCUCUAGAUUGAUUCAAAAAUUAGCAAAUUUUGUUAUUUAAUGACCAAAAUUUCUAUUCUCCGUGUCUUUCGUGAAACUGAUUAUUUGUAAAACUUUGUUACUUUUCUUCUGCACUGAAUCGGUUCACUACUCGGAGCUUCACUGCAGCAACCCUGUCUCUCCUGCACAGCUCAGCCCCAAGAGAGGUGUUUCGAUGUUCAUUACAGGAACUUCGCGGUACAAUUUAUAAUGACCUGAAAACCUUGUAUUUGAUUUAGCUAUCUCCAAAUGCAUCGUUCCAUUGCCAUAUUCACCCAGAAGAUUCUAACUAAUUCCAAUCGUAUUACCACCACCGUCACCACAAUUUUAUGCUCUCAGUCCAAUACCUUAAACCCCAGGGCUAAUGGUUUUGCUCUGUUUCGCUUACUGUCUUUUGCCCCAAUGCAACGACGGGCUCCGGAUCCUGAUGAUCCAUCCACCUUGAUGAAGGAAGAUGGUGUCUCAGUUUGCUCCCGGAUGUGGAUUGAGAACUUCCGUGAACCCGAUAGGGUAGCGAACAAUUUGACAUCUUAUCUUCGACGAUUUGAAUUGUGGGUAUUGGCAUAUCAAAAGGUGUGUACUGAUGAAAUGGGAGCAUAUAUGCCCCGUAGUGCAAUACAAAGGUCUGCAUUAGAGGAUUUAUUAGCUCUUAGAAAUGCAGUUCUGGAUGAUAGAUUUAAGUGGGGUGCUAGGCUGCAGUUUUUUAUCAAGUCUCCAAAGGAUAAGACGGAUUAUGAAUCUUUGUCAAAGAGAAAGAUCAAGGCAAUUUUGACGACCACACAACCUGCUCCAUUUCAGGAUAAGAUUGUUCAAGAGGUGCUGUUAAUGAUCUUGGAGCCUAUAUAUGAAGCACGAUUUUCACAAAAGUCAUUUGCAUUUAGGCCUGGUAGGAAUGCGCAUACAGCAUUGAGGGUGAUUAGAAGGAGUUUUGCUGGGUACCUGUGGUAUAUCAAAGGGGAUUUUAGUACACUUUUGGAUGGCAUGAAGGUGGGGUUAGUGAUAAGUGCUUUGAUGAGGGAUGUGAGGGAUAAGAAAGUGAUUGAUAUGGUGAAGGCAGCAUUGACUACGCCUGUGAUUACAAGUAGUGUUGAAGAACCAAAGAAGAAGAAAAAAAGAAAGUAUCAAAAGAAGAGGGUUUUGGCAGAGGAUGAGCCAAAGCCAGAUCCAUAUUGGUUAGAGACCUUUUUUGGGUUUGCACCCGAGGAGGCAGAGAAGGUUCCUUCUUGGGGCCAUUGUGGGAUUCUUAGUCCCCUUUUGGCUAACAUAUGCCUUGAUGAACUGGACCGGUGGAUGGAAGGUAAGGUUAAGGAGUUCUAUCAUCCUUCAAAAAGUGAUGUUAUAUGGAAUAGUCCAGAAGGGGAAGCAGAACAAGGAAAUACAUCUUGGCCAGAAUUUGUGCCAACAAGUGGUCCAGAUAAGACUCGAAAAAUGGAUUAUAUAAGAUAUGGGGGUCACAUUUUGAUUGGUGUUCGUGGACCACGAGCAGAUGCAGCUACAUUGAGAAAACAACUUAUUGAGUUUGUUGAUCAGAGAUACAUGCUCAAGCUUGAUAAUGAGAGUCUCCCUAUUGAACAUAUAACUAAGGGUAUAAUGUUUCUUGACCAUGUUUUGUGCCGAAGGGUUGUGUAUCCAACUCUUCGGUACACUGCUACUGGUGGGAAGAUCAUUAGUGAAAAGGGUGUUGGCACUCUUUUGUCAGUCACGGCAAGCUUAAAACAAAGCAUUAAGCAAUUUAGGAAGUUGAACUUUAUAAAGGGAGACAGGGAUCCAGAUCCACAACCUUGCUUUAGAAUGUUCCAUGCUACUCAAGCUCACACUAAUGCACAAAUGAACAAGUUUUUGUCAACAAUAGUUGAGUGGUAUAGGUAUGCUGAUAAUCGGAAGAAAGUUGUGAACUUCUGUUCUUACAUAAUAAGGGGUUCACUUGCUAAGCUUUAUGCUGCAAAAUACAAGCUUCGAUCACGUGCAAAGGUGUAUAAAAUUGGUUCUCGGAAUUUGAGUCGGCCUUUGAAGGAAAAGAAGGGAUCAUCACCUGAGUACCACAAUUUGCUAAGAAUGGGCCUCGUUGAGUCAGUUGAUGGCCUUCAGUAUACCAGGAUGUCUCUUGUACCUGAGACUGAUUACACUCCUUUUCCAAGUAAUUGGAGACCAAAUCAUGAGAAAGCACUUUUUGAAUAUAUAAGGUUAGAUGAUACAAAAACUCUUGAGGAGCAACGGUGUUGCAUUAGGGAACAAGGUCUGGUUUCACCUCAGGACUACAUUUCAAUGCUUGUUUGGAACUACAAAAGAAAUGCUAUUGUAAUAGAUCGGACUUCCCAUAGCAGUGGCAAUUACACAGAAAAAGAUAAACAGUUGCUGCUGAGCAAUAAGCAUGAGAAUGAUGAUCAGAAAAGCAAAGAAGGUGAAGAGCAUGAAGAUGGGUUUUAUGCAGUGCAACUGUAAGGAUAAGUAGUUCUGUGAUUGAAAGAUAGAAUUUUUGUAAGUGCACUGUGUCAGAUUGAAGAACUACAGACUUUAUUGUAUAAAUUCAGAUGUGUUUAUUCAAUUACAAGUUCAGCAGAUUCAGUUAAAUUGGCUUUUACUUGGUAGACAAGUUCUUUACCAUCAGGCAUCAUGUAUCUACUUUGACUGGUGUGAAUCUUAUUACUAUAUUCUAACCAGCCUUGGAGUUAUGAAGUCUUGUGUUUAUAAGCUGCUAAGUACAACAGGUAACUGUAUACUUUAUCCGUUUUCUUCAGUUUUAGUACUUGUGAACUAUAUCAGUCACAACUAAGGAUUUUUUUUUUCCAAUUCCCAGUUCAAGUAUUUUUAAGGUUAUCCAUAAUGUACAGUCCACUAAAUGUAAACUUUCUGCUAUUUGGUUUCC